UUCAUGAUCGUCGUCUGCUCCAACCACGGGUUCAACGCCGACGCGCAGUUUAUAUUCGAACAAAACAUCGACUCCACACGUGACAAUUGAUACAAGUUUACAUUGUUUACAUUGUUUUUUUCUCUCACGGGGGAUGCGUGUGUCGAGAUUGUGAAAGAUAUGUUUUAAGAUUAUGCAGUACUCUAUUUUCAAGAAGAACUUCCACGUGCGUCGUAACGAGCACGUCGUAAAGGUGCCCACGUGAAUCACGAGUCUACGGAGUACUCAUAUGAUCGUUGUCAUGUCGUGCUCCGUUUCUCUCGGAUAGACGUUUAUUCCUUUAAAUUAAUGUCGAUUAUGUUGAAAAGUGAUCUCUACCGAUCUGCCGGGUUCGGAGUGCGUAGAUCGAACGAGAUCCCGCGAGGAUGGAGUCGCAGAAUACUGUUUCGCGUCAGUCGGAGACCAAGGGAUUCGAUCUCUCAGCUGGAAACACCUGGAUAUAUCCGGAAAAUUAUCCGGUCCGCCAGUACCAGUAUAACAUAGUUCAAUCUGCAUUAUAUCGCAAUACCCUGGUCUGUUUACCCACCGGUUUGGGAAAGACCUUCAUCGCCGCCGUUGUGAUGUACAAUUUCUGGAGGUGGUAUCCGUAUGGAAAAAUUAUAUUUUUGGCACCAACGAAACCUCUGGUCGCUCAGCAGAUCGACGCGUGCUACGAAAUAAUGGGGAUUCCAAGCGUUGAUAUGAUAGAAUUGACAGGUGCGGUAAGUCAGAAGAAACGUGAAGUAGCCUGGCGCAAGAAGAGGAUAAUAUUUGCCACUCCUCAAGUAUUUCAUAAUGAUCUUGACAGAUCGAUCAUACCGAGUCAUUUGAUCAAGUGUGUCGUCAUAGAUGAAGCUCAUAAGGCUCUGGGCAAACAUUCGUAUUGUGAGUGUAUCAAGAUAUUAUCCACGCAGAAUCAGUACUUUAGGAUAUUAGCGCUUUCUGCUACGCCUGGAAAUAAAUUAGAUAAUGUUCAUGAAGUAAUACAGAAUUUACACAUUUCCCAUUUGGAAUUGAGAGAUGAGAACUCCAUUGAUAUAAUACCAUAUGUUAAUAAGAGGAAAGUAGAUAUUAUUUUGGUGCCUCUUAGUGACGAAUUAGCUGCAUUUAAAGAAAGAUAUAUUACUAUCAUGGAUCGCCACGUUAAGUUUCUUAUACAAUGUAACGUAUUGCGAGGUCAUACUGCAAACAUAUCUAAAGGAAGGGUAUUUUAUUUGUUGAAAGAAUUUAAGACGAAGACGGACAAAUCUGGAAAUUAUGGGCAAGUUAUGAAGAUAUUGAAUAUGUUGUUAACUAUGUAUCACGCUUAUGAACUUAUGAUCAGGCAUGGAUUGCGUGCCUUCCGCAAAUUUUAUGAAACUCAUUCUGAUAAGUUUUGGAUGCAUAGUGAAGAUCAAUUACGAGAUUUAUUACGUGACAUAGAAGUUUAUCUCGGGCCGUUUCCAGAAUUGUUUCCCAAUGGGGAUGUAUCUGAGAUGCCAGAGAAUAUCGUAUUUGGACAUAAUAAAUUUCACAAAUUGAAAGAGUUGCUUGAACAUCAUUUUAAUAACAACAAUAGCGAUCGAGAGGACACAAGAGCUAUAGUUUUUGUCGAAUACAGAGACAUAGUCAAUGAGGUCUAUAUUUUGCUUUUGCAAUCAAAACCGAUAAUUAGGCCACAGAUGUUUGUUGGCCAAGCUGGCCAGAAGCAGAAGCAACAAAUAAAAGCAUUGGAAGAUUUUCGGAGCAAUCGUGUGAAUGUGCUGAUUUCAACAAGUAUAGGUGAAGAAGGAUUGGAUGUAGGGGAAGUUGAUCUGAUAAUAUGUUUUGACGUAUCACAGCAUUCCCCGAUAAGAUUGGUUCAAAGAAUGGGCAGAACAGGACGCAAACGAGAUGGUCAUAUAAUUGUUCUUGUUACAGAUGGGAAAGAACACGAGAAUUUGAAGUCUACCCUUUCCAGGAGGGACUCCCUAAACAAUAAAAUAUUGAACACAAGCAAUAUAUUCUCCUCUUUAUACGAUAAUAAUCCUAGAAUGAUACCAGAUCAAUUUACUCCUGAAUGUCAUAAGAUACAUAUUACAGUACUACCAAAAACGCCAAAUCUAAAAGGUAAAGGAAAGAGGAAAAAUGUUAAUAAGAAAAAUGAAGCAUCUGAUGUGAAACAGAAAGAAAACUUACCUAAAAAAGAUAUUGGUCAACCGUCAAUGAUGAAAUUUCUUACCGAUGGUAAAUGUGACGAACAGAACCGGGAUAAUAGAUGC